AUGCUGCUCCAGGUCCUGGCUCGCCUCUGUUGCGCCCGCGCUGCUGCCCUCACCGGCGCCCUCUCCCGCCGGUGGCGCGGCCUUUGGACGCACCUCACCGAGCUCUCCUUCCGCGAUAUCUCGCCGGACGCUCUUGACGUGGCCCUCAACCAGGUCGCCUGCCCUGCCCUCUCCCGCCUCAAAAUAAAAAUCCCCAAGCGGCACACCAUCCAUCCUGCCCGCGUCUCUUCGCUACUUGGUGCUGCCGCGCGGCUCGCCCCGGCGGAUCUUGUCUUUAAGGUUUGGGGGCACACCAAAGAUAGUAACAUUGCUGUCGAGAUCCCCUGCUUUAACCGUGCCACCUCGAUCAAGCUUGAUGUGGUCAACCUCUACCUAUUACCGCCGGUGGGGUGCGUUCAGUUCCCUGUGCUGGAGAGGCUAUCAAUCUCUGGCUGCCAUAUCAACAUCGGUAAGCUGAUCCUGCAUUGCCCUCACCUGCGCGUGCUAGAGGUAUGCAACUGCUGGGGCCUCAGCAUGAUCAGAAUCCGCUCACCAACGAUUGAAAAUAUUUCCGUGGACCACGGACCCGUAAGAGGCAUUGACAUCAUGGCUCCCUUGCUUAAUCGAUUAAGGAUGUGCGUCUACAUGGCCCCACAUUUCAGUUUGUCAUUCUCGGCGCCGAUGCUGAAAGAUCUCUGUUUGUGGUGCCCGUGUUUAAUUCAAAAUGUUGGGAUUGGAGAGGUAUGGCGUCUGCGCUAUAUGCGACUUGGGAUCAAGAAGAGUGCGUAUGUCCUAUAUUUGUCCAUAGAUACUCCGCUUCUGAUGCUAGAUGCUGCCCGGAACUUUUCUCAACAGAUAGCACCGCUCCCUGCCCUUUCUUAUUUGCAUUUAAGUUUAGCAAGAGGGCAUGUUUCUGGUGCAAUAUUAUCACAUCUUCUUGGAGUUUGUUCCACUAUACGGGCGAUUAUUAUAGUGCUCACCUCAGAAUUUGAGUACCAAAAACCAUGCCUACCAAAUUGUUCUUGUGAUGAACCCCAGAAUUGGAGAACCCAAAACACCCCCUUGGUAGCUCUUGAAGAAGUACAAAUCGAAGGUUUUGGUGGAGCUGAUCAUGAAGUUGAUUUCCUGAAGCUUCUGUUCAGAUGCGCAACUGCGAUGAAAAGGAUGACCGUGGGACUGGCCCCUCGGGUCCAUCCAGCCAGCAGAGGAGGCAGGAAAAUGUACAGCCUCUUUAAGGCUCAUCCUUCUGUGACAUGCUCUGUUUAUCGCUGCUAGCAGGUUAUGUAUGUAUGCAUGGCUGCCAAAUGCAUCUAGAUGUAAGGAGAGAUGAUAUGUUCCUCUAUCUUGUCAAACUUGAGCCCGUGCUCUUUCUUCCCUACCCUAGUUUUCAUGUUUGCUGAAUGUUUAAAACAGUUAUAUGAACUUAAGACUAUCACUGGGGUUUCAUGGUCA